UCAGGUUGCACACCGAAUAGCCCUCUUCUGUUGGACAUGAAAGUGCAGCAAGGCUGCAACUCAUCAGACAUGGGGAUCCCGGUAACAACUGAAGAAGAAUUGCGCAGAAAUACCGUAAUAACGCCCGAGGAUGUGCUUGGGCUCCAGAAGAUCACCAAGAAUUAUCUUUGUUCUCCGGAAGAAAAUGUCCACAUGAUCGACUUCACCAGGUUCAAGAUCCGUGACAUGGAAACAGGGACAGUCCUGUUUGAGAUCACUAAACCUCCAAUGCCAGCAGGUGACAAAAAGCACUGUGACCCCAACGCUGGGCGUUUUGUCCGAUACCAGUUCACCCCAGCCUUCCUGCAGUUGCGGCAGGUUGGAGCCACAGUGGAGUUCACAGUGGGAGACACACCCAUCAACAACUUCCGCAUGAUUGAGAGACACUACUUCCGUGAUCAGCUGCUCAAGAGCUUUGAUUUCGAAUUCGGCUUCUGCAUGCCCAGCAGCAAGAACACUUGCGAGCAUAUCUACGAGUUCCCCGCACUGUCCGAGGAAAUCAUGCGUGAGAUGAUCCUGCACCCGUAUGAGACGCAGUCUGACAGCUUCUACUUUGUGGACAACAAGCUGGUGAUGCACAACAAGGCAGACUAUUCCUACAGUGGGGGACCAUAGGAACACCACCCUCAACUUCACUCCUCCCUGUUCUAGACAUUUUACAUGAUCCACAUACCACGUCAGGACCAGAAACAGAUGAACUGAUGGACAAUUUGCUGGCAUUAAACAUUCUUGUCUCCCUCCUGUUAA